AAUACGAAUAGAGAUUUCCAAAAGAUGAGAAACCCUGGCCUCUGUUUGGCCACAUAAGGAUUCUUACUGUUUUUGAUCUCAGGACGCAUUUAGGAUGAGAGGUUGGUCCCAGAAAACAAAAACAGAAAGAAAAAAAGAGAGAGAAAAUGGGUUUAAUCUUGUUCUCAUUCUCAAACACAGGCUCUCUCAACCAUUGGUGGCAAUAACCCAUUGGUGGCAUCUUGUAUCUGAUACUGCUGUCAACAGCGCUACAAACGACAACGACCUUGAAAAGUAAGGAAGGAAAGAAAGAUAAGUGCAACGAUGAGAUAUGACACCAGUUGAUCUCUAUAUCUCCCACCACUAUACUCUUUGCAAUUUGUGAACUCAAUGAGCUUGGUUUCCUAGGGUUCAUUGGUAUCCUUCUUCUUCACCGGCCCCCACGGUAUUGCUGCAAAUUAGGGGUCGGAUGAUUUUUCCGGGAAAAUGACGAGAAAGAAAAUUCAGAUCAAGAGGAUCGAUAACACGACGGCCAGGCAGGUAACUUUCUCUAAGAGGAGGAGGGGGCUGUUUAAGAAGGCUCUGGAGCUCUCGACUCUCUGCGAUGCUGAAAUAGGACUCAUAGUCUUUUCUUCUACUGGAAAACUCUUCGACUACGCCAGCUCAAGUAUGCAGCAGGUAAUUGAGAGGCAUGAUCUCCAUUCAGGCCGGAAUCUUGACAAAACGAACCAACCGCAAUCUGUGGAGCUGCAGCUUGAGAACACCACCUGUACUUUGUUGAGCAAGGAAAUCGUGGAGAAGACUCAUGAACUGAGGAAGAUGAAGGGAGAAGAACUCCAAGGAUUGAAUGUAGAUGAGUUGCAGGAAUUAGAGCAGCUGCUUCAUGCGAGCUUGGGCCGUGUUUCGAAAACAAAGAAUGAAAUAUUUAUAAAAGAGAUCAGUGCCCUUAAGUGGAAGAGAGACAAGAUGAUGGAUGAGAACCAGCAACUAAGACAGAUGGAGAAUCUAUUGAACGUUGAAGCACAUUUACUUGGACAAGGUCAGCCAUCUGAGUUAGUCACCAAUAUUUGUAGCUCAGCUGAUCCUCCUCAUCAGGACCUUCACACUUCUGACACUUCUCUCAGAUUGGGGUGAGUUUGCAAUAUCCCACUGGUUGCCUUACCCUCAUGACUGAGUCUGAAAGAUAUAUAGUGGAGAUAAAGAGCGCAUGGGUUAGCAUUUUCUCAGUUGAAGAACAUGAAAAUUAAACAUGUCCAAGUAAAUAUCAAACCCAGCUCGAUCACUGUUGUGCGUAAGUAGUUAAAUUCCAGUAGUAAGACCAUUUUGUUUCGGCAAAAGUUGCUUCAGAUCAGAAAGUCGGCAAAUGUAUAUGUUGAUUAGCAGUAGAUGCUCCUUAUAAUCAUGUUAAGGACACAUUUUAUAAGGGCCAAUUUGUUCCAAUGGAAAAUAAUGUCGGGGAAAGAAUAAAAAGCGUUAAUGGAAAAUGCAUGUACGUACUGUUGAGACUCAUCCAUUGGCGAGAUAUGAUGUACAAGAUGCACAGAUUAGCUGGGAUUUAUGAAGCUCAUGUCAUAUAUGAACUUACUUAUUCAUGAUGAUAUACAUAUAUACAUGUAUUUGUGUGU